UUUGACAUACAUAUGUAUGCUUAUGACAUCCUGCUUUCUACCUAAAGUUUUUCAAGAGUUGUAAAUAUAACUUGGCGUCUGGGAAAAGUGCCAACCAACCCCAAAACCCAAACAAAAAAAAGUUGUAAAUAUUUUAUUAAAAGUAUGAUAAGGACCAUGGCUUUCCCUGGCUUGUUAAAUAUAAAUAAGUGCAAUCGACCAGCCUUCACAAGGCUUUUUAGCGAUGAUAAAACAAAGAAUCCCCACCCGAUUCGACGCACGUUAGAACUUCUCACGAAUGAUAUGAGGAAAGUUAAGAAGUUUUUUACUCCCUCAAAGGAAAAGCACGAAGAAAUCUUGGAAGAAAGCCAAGAGCAAAUUUCAUAUGGCAACGAGUUUCAGACACACUGCGACGUUCUUGUUAUUGGUGGUGAAGGUGUAGGAGCUUCCACUGCAUAUUGGUUGAAAAAAAAAGCGCGACAAGGAUUAAAUGUUGUUGUGGUUGAACGUGACUUGCCUCAUUUCAAUAAGGCUUGUUUAACCUUACCAGUGGGUGGCUUGCACCAGCAAUUUCUAUUGCCUGAAAAUAUCGAAAUGGCGCUUUACGGGGCAGAGUUUUUAAGGAAUUCAAAAGAAAAGCUCUGCGUGGAUGUAAAAUUUGAUCCCCAUGGAUUUCUCACCUUAGCUUCUGAAGAAAACGCGGAAACCCUACGAAGUAUGUCUCAAGUACAAAACGAAUUUGGAGCCCGCACACAAAUUCUGACACCAGAGCGUUUGAGACUUAAAUUUCCUUGGCUAAAUACUGAAGAUGUGGCGUUGGGGUGUCUAGCUCUGGAAAAGCAUGGAUGGUUUGAUUCAAACAAUUUAUUAUCAGGGCUAAGGGAUAAAGCUAAAGAAUUUGGUACGCAUUUCUUGAAAGCAGAAUUAAUAGACUUCGAAUUCCAAAGCCAAACAGACAUUAUUGUGGAAGGCGGAGGUACAACUAAUACUUACACGGCGUUGGACAAAGCUAUUAUUAAGAUGCCGAAUGGUGACAAGCGUUCCAUAAAAUUUGCGAUAUGUGUAAUUGCUGCUGGGACAAAUUCUGAGCGAAUUGCUCGAUUAGCAAAAAUUGGCACUGGUGCUGGAAUUUUACAAGUGCCACUACCAAUUCGUCGUCGCCUCUGUCACGGCCAUAUUUUUGGUACGAAUGCCAUUAACGCACCAGGCUUAGCAACACCCUGCAUAAUUGAUUUAAACGGUAAAUACUUUAGAAGAGACGGUUUAACUGGUAACUAUAUUACAGGAUUUAGCUCUUGCCAAGAUUCAGAUUCUGAAAAUGUACCAAAAGAAAAUCAUUUUGAAUCGACUGUUCUGCCUUACCUAACGCACAGAAUGAAAACUUUUAGUAAGCCCCAUGUCACCGAAACUUGGGAAAGUUCUUAUGAAUACAAUGUUUUUGAUGAAAAUGGUAUUAUCGGUCCACAUGCUUAUUAUAAUAAUCUCUACAUUGCGACUGGAUUUUCUGGUCUGGGUUUGCAGUUGGCGCCGGCAGUGGGAAGAGCGAUUUCUGAACUUAUAAUUGAUGGACAAUUUCGCACAAUCGAUUUAACAAGGCUUGGUUUUGACAGAAUCGUUGUGGAUCGACCAAUGUUCGAAUAUGGUUUGAUGUAGAUACUGCAUCAAUAACCUUAGUCGCUUUCAAAAAGAUAAAAUUAUGUAAUACUUGUUCGAUUAAUUGAAAUUGUUAAUAAGGGCAAUAUAAUUGUAAUAAUAAUAAUCACAUCAAGAUUAAACAUUGGGUGCGUUCAGAAAUGCGUCAAGCAAAAGCAUCAGCUGUGUUCCAAUUAGGCAUUAAACUAUGGUUGGGCAUAUCGAACAUUUCCAUCCAUUAUAGUUUAGAAAUAAAAGAGACUGAUGCUCUGGCUUAAUGCAUUUUUGAACACACCCAUUGUUUUGGAAGGGCCUAAUUAAAGAUUAAUCUAAUUUCAA